AUGAGCAGCUUUCCUUUCGAAGGCGUGCAAUUUAUCGACACACCUCCAGUUCCUAAACCUGAACCGUCGAACACCAAAUACGGUGUGAGAACUUCUGAUUCACCUGCUAUCAAGAAUGCACCAUUGCCAGCAGAGGGUCCUAGUUCGAAGCAUUUUUCAAAUGCCCUCGUUCUCCUUUUGAUCACUAGUAUUCCAUUCUAUGUUACUAGCAAGUUGGGUGGAGGAAUUAAGACCUUUGUUUUCUUCUUCCUACUGUUCGUUUUGCCAAUUCUUAUGGCGUAUUGGACAUUGGCGUCCACCUUCUCACCCCGUUUCAAUGAUAAAUGCCAAUUGCCUGGAAAACCCAUCGAGCAUUAUUUGACUUUUCACGAUGAGAAGCUGGCUCAGAAGUACCACGGCAGAAAGAUCCCCAUGGAGACUUUCCACGAGCUGUACUUUGCCAACAAGGUGUCUUUCAAUGGAGACGCUCUAGAAAUCCUGGAGUACAGACACGAUUGGUCGCAGUUCUCUUUCACCUUGUCACUAUUCAAAUUCUUCCUACUAGGUAUGAUCCCAGAGGUUAUCAUGCACACCAGAUCGCAAGACGAAGAACAAGUCAGAGAUCACUAUGACCGUGGUGACGACUUCUACUCCUGGUUCUUAGGCUCAAGAAUGAUUUACACCAGUGGAGUGAUCUCAGACAUCAACGCCGAAGAAAGUCUCGAACAACUACAAGACAAUAAGUUGAAGAUUGUGUGUGAUAAAAUCAACCUGCAGCCAGGUGAAUACCUGUUGGAUUUGGGCUGUGGAUGGGGUACACUCGCCACCUACGCCUCUAAAGUUUACAACGCUAAGGUCACUGGUAUCACCUUAGGCAGAAACCAAACCAAGUGGGGUAAUGGCAAACUCGAACUGCAACAAAUUCCGCAAUCUCAGUCCCGUAUCAUCUGUUCUGACUACAGAGACACUCCUUUGGCAACUCCUGAGGGUAAGAAGUAUGACAAGAUUACUUGUUUGGAAAUGGCGGAACACGUCGGUAUCAGAAAAUUCGGUUCUUUCCUCACUCAGGUUUACGAUAUGCUAGAAGAUGAUGGUCUGUUUUUCUUGCAGAUUGCUGGUUUGAGAAAGUCUUGGCAAUACGAGGAUCUCAUUUGGGGUCUUUUCAUGAAUAAGUAUAUUUUCCCAGGUGCAGAUGCCUCGACACCUUUAGAUUUUGUCGUCUCCAAAUUGGAAGCUACAGGAUAUGAGGUUGUCUCUGUCGACAAUAUUGGUGUCCACUACUCCGCAACAUUGUGGAGAUGGUACAGAAACUGGAUGGGGAACAAGGAUGCGGUGGUCAAUAAAUACGGAAUCAAAUGGUUCAGAAUCUGGGAGUACUUUCUUGCUACGUCGACCAUCAUUUCGAGACAAGGUUCUGCCACCUGCUUCCAAAUUGUGCUGAGAAAGAACAUCAACGCCUACCACCGUAUUGAAUACGUGCCUCGCCAAAAAGGUUUGUUGACGCCUGUGAAGGAAGGUGUCACAAAAUGGUUCAAAUGA